GUGUGUGUGGACUGAAGCGUCAUUCUCCUCCUUUCUUCCUUCCAGUGAACGCGCAUCACUUGUGAAAAACGACGCUCGAGACCCAGAAGUUCCUUGUCUGUCGGCUCGGCUCGACCACUCGCUCCGCUCUCGCGCGUCAUUCUUCCGUUUUUUCCCGGGUUCAUGUUUUAACCUCAUCCUCACUUUCGUUUUUUUCUGGCUCGAGGACUCAGUCGGGUUGUGCUGCUAACACAGGGCGUAGCUGGAGAGGAUUUUGCUAGCUCGCCGCUGCACUGACUGACUAGAACUUGCUAUCUCCAGAACACCUGUAGACCUGUGGACAUCCUGUGAGAUUUAAGUCAGUCAGCCGUACCCUUCUGAGACGGACCACUACCACUCAAGGGGAGAUGAAGCCGGAUGGGGUUGUCACGGCAGCGCUGGAGCCAAUGGAAACGUUGGAAUCCAAUCCAGUAAAUGAGGCAGCACUGGCCGUGGGACAGGAGCCCAACCAGGCAGCCAGUCCAGAAGAGGACAAGAUGCCACAGCAGCCUGUAGGUGAGACCGUCCAGGUGGGACCCCAGGCAGACCAGGCCAAGGAAACCCCAGCUGCCAAGACCGGCAACAAGACUUCAGGAGACUCCAAAGCCAAGACUACAAACAAAGCUACGGCCAAGACAAAACCUGGUACCACCAACCCAACCAAGACCACAUCAGGCUCACGGCCCAACACAGCCCAGAGCCGCCUCUCAAAUGGCGUGUCUAAGCCCCAGACCAAUGGAGUGGCUAAGAAGACCCCGCCUGCUGCAGUCAAAAAGAGCACCCCAACCACGGCACCCUCCAAAAAACCAACAGGACCGGCCGCAGCCCCAGCCUCCAAAAGCAAAGUGGGCGAGAAGAAAGCCACAGGGGCUGUCCCUGCCACCGAUGGCACAAAGUCGAUGACCGGAACAGCAGCAGCAAAGAAGACGCCAUCCACACCUGCUAAUGGUGUCAAAACCAGCACCACUGCAGCAGCUGCUAGAAAGCCCCCAGCUCCCAAGCCUGCCUCCGCAACUCCCACCAAGCCUAGCUCUGCUGCCUCACCCAAGCCCCCUGUUUCUAAGACAACCAGGCCUACAACUGGCGCGUCAGCAUCACCUCGUCCUGCCACUGGCUCAACCCGGCCACCCACUACCAGCACAGCCAAACCUGCCACCCCUAAAACCUCCUCCACCGCUACCAAGCCUGCUGCCUCCAAACCAACCUCCACUACCCCCUCUGCUGGCAAACCAGCAUCACAAACAUCCAGAAACACAACCCCUGUGAAAAAAGAUGUUACCAAACCAGCCACCCCAGCAUCCAAAAAGCCUGCAGAGUCCCCCCUUACUCGCCCUUCCACUACAACGAAGUCUGCAAAACCUGAGACCCCAAAAUCUGCUUCAAAAUCAGAUGUCACCACCAAAAAGCCUACUGCUAGUAAGACUGCAGACACAAAGACACCCAACAGCUCCAAAAAACAAGACAGUAAGCCCACACCUUCCAAGGAUGCUUCCAAGACCCCUGGCUCCAAACCGGCUGCCACCAAGACCUCCAGCCCCAAGAAGACUGUGGGCAGCAGCACCCCAACUCCUGUGAAACGUGGCCCCAAAGCUGCAACAGUUGCAGAACCUGUAAAGGAAAUAACUGCUGCUGUAGCUGCUGCUGCAGCUAUUGCUGCGGCAGCAACUGUCAUUGCCGGACGAGAGGAACCAGAACCUCCUGCAGGAGCAGCUGUGGAGCAAUCUGCUGCACCAGAACUGAUGUCCAGCCAGACUGAAGCAGUACAAGAAAAAUCUACAGACCCAACACCAGAACCAGUCUCUGCACCAGUGUUAGAGCCCGUGCGAGAACCAACUCCAGAACCCCUACGAGAACCUACACCAGAACCCCUACGAGAACCUACACCAGAACCCGUACGGGAACUGACACCAGAACCCGUACGGGAACUGACACCAGAACCCGUACGGGAACCUACACCAGAACCCGUACGGGAACCUACACCAGAACCCCUACGGGAACUGACACCAGAACCCGUACGGGAACUGACACCAGAGCCCAUACGGGAACCGACACCAGAACCCAUACCAGAACCCAUACGAGAACCGACACCAGAACCCAUACAAGAACUGACGCCAGAACCUGUACGAGAAAUAUCUACAGAGCCCCUUCUAGAACCACUAUCUCAGCCAUCAGCAGAGCCAGGUCUAGGAGCUGAUCCAGUCCAUGAAGCAGCCUCCAAUGUUCAGAUGUCAGCUCAGAUGGACCUUUUCAAAUACGAGGAGUCUGCCAACGACUCAGUUUCUUCCCUGGGAACUACUGUCAUGUCUCCUCCUUGUUCCCCACCAGGCCCUGUUUCCCCCGUCAGAGAACCGCAUAAUGCCUCUUCUCUGCUGGACAUCCAGUCUGAUCCCUGGGACAGGAACCAGUCCCUGGCUCCAUCUGACUUUGCUCCGCAGAGCCUAGUCAAUAUGAUGAACUCCCAGACAGAAGAGGAAAAGGAGAAUAAAGAACAGUUUGAGGCACAGGAGAAAAUGGAGGAGGAUGAGGAGGAUGAGGAAGAUGAGAAAGAGAACCUGUUUAUGCCUACGUCCUCAGCUCCAUCUGCAGAGGCCUUCAGUAUGAUGGCACAGCCUCACUUGAUGGGUGCCUCGCCUGUGGAUGAUUUCACCUCCAGGCACCUGAUCUCCCCUCAUGAAAAAGAGGAGGCCCUGGAAAAGGCUGAUGAGGAGAUAAAUGAGGACGACGAUGAUGAGGAGGAGGAUGAAGAUGAGGAACAGAGGAGGCUAGGCCAUCUGCCAUCAUCCAUGGUCACUGACAUGAGCACAUCUCAGCCCUCUGAGGAGUUCCAAGUCAGGUCCUCAGCCUUUGGUGGUUCAGCAGGGUGGCACGGUGACGACCUGCUGUCUGGGAUGGACUCUGAGGAUGUGAGCAGCUGCACCAGCAGUCGGCAGCAGGGAGUCUCUGACCUCAGCAGCACCCAGCACACUGCCAUACUGGAAGGCACCCAGAGCUCAGACGCCCUGGUCGACUCGAGCCUCCGUGGCUCUGAGGGAGACGGUAAUCUCAUGGGUUCUCCCAACGUGGAAACCCUGGCCAACGAGGAAGAGGAAGAUGAGGAUGAAGAGGACGAGCGGGUGGAUGAUAUGGACCUGAGUUCAGAGAGAGCAGAGGAGCAUCAGAAGGUGUUCCAGCAGCAGGAGCACGAUGAGUACGAGGAGGACGAAGAUAUAGAGAUGCACAGCGAAGGAGUGACAGAGAGCUGUGGGAAUGUAGAUGAAGAUGACUUCAAUGAGGAGGAGCGUUUAGACAACCUCAAUCGCUCUGGUCCUCCACCAUGCGUCCCCCCUUCCCCCUCCUGGGGCCAGACCAACCCCUUCUCUGAUCCCUGGGCUCAACCAGCCUCACUGCGCACUGUCUCCUCCCCCAGCCCCGUUUCUGACCAUGGUGCAGCUGAAUCUGAAACGCCCACCCUGUCUCCUGCCCAGGCAUGUUUGGACAGGAGUGCCCCUUCCUUUGCUCCUCAGUCAGAGCAGGAGCCCCAGCAGCAUCAGUCAGCCCCAGAGGAGGCUGACGACGUCCUACUUGCUGCCCAAGCUGAAGGCAUGACCCAGCCCAGCACUCUGAGUGGCACAGCUCUGGCCGCCCAUAGCAGUAGUGAGACAAGCACACCGGAAGAGCUCCGCGACUAUGACAGCAGCUCUGGGGUGGAGUCCCGUUCAGACAAACAGCAGACCCCAGUGCCGGCUUCAGUCCAGCCUGACAUGGAGCAGGACCUGGGUAUUCACUUGGAGAAAGGUGAUGGAGAAGAGGAGGAGGCUGAGACACUCCCUGCCGAUGAGAUCCUAGGAACAGGGCCUCCGACUGCUCCAGCAUCCGCCCCGUCUUCCCCCUCCACCUCAGGAGACGAGGCCAGCGACACAGAGGGUGAGAUGCAAAUAAAUGACCCCGAAGCACCGGUGACGAUGGAUGAGAGUGCUGGAUUUGAGAGCCCUCCUCCAACCUGUAAUCUGCCCGCUCUUGAGGAGGAUGAGGAGGCGGCGGACGCAACAGCCGGAGAGGGCGAAGAGGACGGAGGUGGGGCCACGCCUCAGUCCGCCAACUCUGUGGCAUCUUACGGCUUCGACUGCACCACAUCCAACUCCAACGCCCACUCCAUGGCUGAGAGCUGCGGAAAGAGCCCAGGGAUCUUCUCGCUGGAGAAUGAGGAACAGCUGCCAGAGGAGGCCAAGGACCCCUCCCUCAUCAAGGAGCUGACGCUGACCUCAGCUGCUGCUGCUGCUGCUGCCCAGGCAGAGGACCUGCUGGGCAGACCCGUGGACCUGAUGCCUUUGGGUCACCCAGGGGAGAACCAGCCCAGUCUAGAUGAGCACCACUACUUGUUUGGGGGAAAGAUUGCAGCAGACCACCUGGAGGAGGUUGAUCCGUUGGAGCCCAGUCACCAUCUUGGGGCCCAGGAAUCUGGAGACACCGGUGACAGCCAGCCACCCUACUACUCUACCAUAUGUGAUAAGACUGAUAGUUUUCUGGCAGGUAACGUAUAAGUCCCUCCUAUUACCCCUGGAAUGCACCUUUUCCCCGCAACCCUCCCCCUUUACCUGUUGUUCGUUUUCUCUCCAGUUGGCUUAGAUGGCUUAGAAGAAAAAUAAAGGAGAGCAAGAUUGUAGGAAAAGAAAGAAAAAAAAAAAAGAACAAAUGAGACGGGGAAAAAAUGACUGUAGCAAUUUUUAAAUGAAGCCUCCCUCUUUCAUACUGUUAUGGUCAUGGUUAUGAGUGUAUGGCUGAAACUCCUUUAUGUACAAUAGCUACUACCAUUUUCUAGUAGUAUGUUCUUUUUAAGUAACACUGCAUACUCUGUAGCCCCUGAUGGGGUACUGACUGAUUGGUCCAAUGUGACCAAAAAAGAAAAAAACAAAAAACACAACAGAUGGAAUAAAAUGGACUCAUUGUGUAUUUAUCCUACUGUUUUUACCGAACAAAUGUCAAUGAUUUUUUUGUUUUGUAUUUGCUUUUUUGUUGGGGUUUUUUUCUGUUGAAACCUGGUCCUCCCUACCCUGUGUACACACGCUUCAUGUUCAACAGCACCAUAGCGAUAGUCAAAUGCUCCUUUUAAAAGUUUGUGUUCUUGAUUCAAGACUUUUUUAGCUAUCAAAAUAAAGGCUAGAUAUUAACACGGCUGUUUUGCCCUUACAGAUUUGUUGCGGUAGGUAUGGGAGUAUUAGAUUGCAGCUGGUGAAGUUUUUAAUGUGUGCUUCAAGAGGUGCUACGCUCUUUGCAUAGGUUGUUAAGGUAUAUAACGUGCAGUCACGUACAGUAUGUGUUUCAGGCAUUUGGUUUUAAGUGGCUAAGCUUUGAGCCUCAGUUAGCUGAUCAUUUGUGUUCCAGAAGAGACUAACUUACUAGCCUUUUAUUUGUGAUGAGACCCUGCAUUGUCCUUCAUCGCUAUCACAGUUGAGCUUUACGCUGAAACAUUUUCAUAGUGGGCGUUUGGUUUACUAUUUCAACAGUAUAUUGCAUGUUUAACUAACAAGACUGUGUACUACCUUGACUUUGAAACAAUUCUACACUAGACAUGUUCAUAAAUGAAUGGUUCACACUAGGUUAUCUUUCAAAAUUCCAUUAAAACAUCAUUGCAAGGCA